CAUUCUCAAAUUCAAUGCUAAUUGAGUUCUUUGAGUGAGCUUUCAGGAUAUAUACAUAUGUCAUUCUUGUAUUAGUGUUGCAUCAGCUUCCUCACCGGUCUUCUCUAGUCGGGUUUUCAUUGCGCUGUAGAGUUCCUUCUCUGUGAAAUAUAGGUUGACCGCCAUGAGCAUCUCCAUGGUAACAAGCAGAAAUGUGGCACAAACCCUGAUCGAUAGUCCUUCCAGCAGUCGAAAACUGAUCAAUCUUCCAAGGCAGAAAGAGAAGGUGGUGGUGGUCAUGGGAGCCACCGGCACUGGAAAGUCCAGGCUCUCCAUUGACCUCGCCACCCUUUUUCCUGCACAAAUCAUCAACUCCGACAAAAUACAAGUCUAUGAAGGCCUUGACACAGCCACGAAUAAAAUCACCAAGGAAGACCGACGAGGGGUGCCUCACCAUUUGCUGGGAACAGAGAACCCCAACUCAGAGUUCACGGCCUCCCACUUCCGUGAAGCGGCUUUACUCACCAUCGAGUCAAUUACGUCUUGCGGACAGCUUCCGAUCAUCGUGGGAGGGUCCAACUCGUAUAUUGAGGCACUGAUCGACGAUGACGACUAUAAAUUCCGAUCGAGAUACGAUUUCUGUUGUCUCUGGGCAGACGUGUCAUUGCCCGUGCUCGACCAAUACGUGGCCAAACGGGUUGAUCAAAUGUUGGAGAGUGGAAUGGUAGAUGAACUGAGACCCUUUUUCAAUCCGAGGGGAGACUACUCACGAGGGAUUAGAAAAGCUAUCGGAGUUCCUGAGUUCGAUCAGUAUUUUCGAAACGAAUCGUGGAUAAGGGAUGAAGGAAUCAAGCAGAGGUUACUGGAAGAAGCGGUGAAUGAAGUGAAGAAAAACACGUAUAAAUUGGCACGUAAACAACUGGGGAAGAUUCAGAGAUUGCGCGACGAAGAGAUGGAGAUGCAGCGGCUAGACGCGACAACCGUGUUCCGCAAGCAAGGGGAAGAAGCAGAGGAGGCAUGGAAGAAGGUGGUGGCUGAGCCAAGUGCUAUGAACGUCGCCAGGUUCCUUUACAAUAUUCCCUCUCUGAAUGUUGGCCCCCCCUAG